AUGUCCAACUCCUCAGCUUGUUGUGCUUUUCAGUCCCCUGUUUUAAUCCAAGUCUUACCCCCUAUACUUUAUAUAGAGUUUGCUUUUGGCCUCACAGGGAAUGUUCUAGCCCUCAGCAUGUUUGCUUUUCACGUGGAGAGCUGGAAGCCGAACUCCAUCUACUUGGCUAACCUGGCUAUGGCCGACUUAGUGGUGCUUGUCUGCCUGCUCUUCAGAGCCGACUACUACAUGAGAGGCCAGAAUUGGAUAUUCGGUGAUAUCUUCUGCCGCAUCCUUCUAUUCCUCUUGGCAGCCAACAGGGCUGCCGGUAUCUUCUUCCUUACUGCUGUGGCUGUGGACCGCUACCUGAAGAUUGUGCACCCACUGCAUCGUAUAAAUAGGAUGAACCUGAGUUACGCAUUGUGGGUCUCUGCAGGCCUAUGGGCUUUGGUUGUUGUUUUUACAGGACAGUUGCUGGGUUCGCCGCACUUUUUUAAGGUUGGCAACCACACCCAGUGUGAGAGCUUCAACAUAUGCUUGAGCGUCAGUCCACUUUCCAUCUGGCAAAAUGCCUUCUAUGUGAUCCAGUUCUGUGUGCCAGGUGCUAUCAUCAUUUUCUGCACAGUCUGCAUUACAUGGCAGCUGAAAACGAAAACAAUGGACACCACGGGGAAAAUCAAGAGGGCUGUCCAGUUCAUUUUCGUGGUCGCCAUGGUUUUCCUCAUCUGCUUCUUCCCAAGCACUGCCUCACGAGUCGCUGUUUGGAUCCUGCAGAUCUGGUACAAUGAGUGUUCACACUUUAGUGAGGCAAAUCUGGCGUUUUAUACUUCAGUCUGCUUCACUUAUUUCAAUAGUGUGCUAAACCCACUGGUUUACUACUUUUCCACUCCAGCAUUCAGUGGUGUCAUAGACAAUUUUUUUAGGAGACUUAUGGGGAAAAAAGAAAAGGCAGCCCCAUUGAACAACACUGUGUCUACAGCAAGCGAAUAA